AUGGCACCAACGAGUAUUCAGCCCCCAAUUUUAGCGGUGACGGGAGACGAUCCCACGGACCAGCAGCAAAUGCAACAUAUGUAUACGGGACACUUACAGAGGAAACAAGCCCCUGAAGGAAGUGCCGAGUGGUAUUUUGAUCAAGCAUCUGACUGGGUUGGAGAACACCCAUGGCUCACAGGUAUCGGAGCCUUUGGAAUAGUUUACGCAGCUUCGGGAUUGUUCAAGUCCAAGAAGCCAGGAUUUAACGGAAAGACCUUUAUUACUGGAGGAUUUGGUCAGAAGAUGAGUGCCAAAGAAGCAUUACAGAUUUUGAAUUUGAAAGAGUCUACAUUAUCUCAGGCCAAAUUGAAAGAGCAGCACAGACGGUUAAUGUUGGCAAAUCACCCAGAUAAAGGAGGUUCUGCAUUUUUAGCCACCAAAGUCAACGAAGCCAAGGACUUCUUGGAGAAAAGAGGUGGUAUGAAGAAAAAGUAA